AUGGCCGCGCUCGAAGGUGCUGCUGUCCAGUCACACUAUAGAUUGGCCCAGGAACGGGAAUUCUACAAAUAUGUUCCGCGCGAACUUUCCGUAUCGCAUUAUGCCCCCUUCGACCAUGCCAGCGAGAAAACAUUCAUCCCGCAACCGUCGCGGGAUUCGGCCAUGACCUCCUUCGCUCAGCUAGGCGCCAUGCGUCUAGGCACCCGACGAGCCAUGAUUUCUCUAUUCGAUAAAACCCACCAACACGUCGUUGCAGAGGCAACUCGGACCUUGGGACUAAUCGGUGGGAGAAUCCGAGACGAACACGACCGGCUUCGGCUAGGUUGCUGUGUGCUCCCGAAAGAGAGGGGCAUUUGCCAGCACGUUGAAGAUUUACCCUCUAAGGAAUAUUCAGAAGCCGGCGAGGUCCUCGAAUCUUGUUCGUUGGUUGUUUUGGAUAUGACGCAGGACGAACGGUUCAGGUCACAUCAACUGCCGCACGCGUUGUCCGAUGUGCGCUUCUAUGCUGCAGUGCCUAUCGUGAGCCCUAAAGGGUUCACGAUUGGUGCCUAUAGUGUGAUGGACCAUGAACCAAGGACCUCGGGCCCAGAUCAACAUGAUCUGCAGUUUAUGAAGGACAUGGCUGCAACAAUCAUGGAACACCUGGCCAUGGAUCACUCUACUCGCAAAAGUCGCCAGGCGGAACGGAUGAUCCUCGGACUAGGAAGUUUCGUUGAGGGCAGGUCGACCCUUCGCGGAUCGUGGCGGGAAGCCAAUGCACAGUAUGCCGCCUCCGAACAGUCCGGGGAGACCACCGAGGGUCAGUUGAAUAUUCAGCAACAGGGUCUGCAACAGGUCGCCAAGGAAAAUAAUGAGAAGGACCUUGCCAUCCGCCAGCCGUCUAAGGUUCCUACCAAUGUUUCCGCGCCCUCAUCGAACAGUGAUAGCAAUACUCGAGGCAGACAACAGCCGAGCGUAGAGGUCAACAAAGCGGAUGGGUCGGUUCGAAGCGUCCUUGCGGGCGAAAGUCUACAGGAUGACUCUUUUCCGACCGGCGUCAAACACGUUUUCUCGCGCGCGGCCAACUUGAUCAGGGAGUCGAUUGGAGCCGAUGGAGUCAUGUUCCUCGAUGCGAAUAGCGAACGUUUUGGGAGUCUCGUCAAACAUAGCCGGAAGGUCUCUGGCCCCAGCUCAAAAACUCCGACAUCGAGUAGCGACGAAAGUACUGAUUCUGCGUCUUCCCAACGCAACUAUACCAAGGGUGACCAGAAGGGUGAGAAGAACAGAAAUCUUGUGUCUGAAUGCAUGGGCUUUUCGAGCUCGAGGGUGUCGAGCAUAAACGACCAGGCGAGGGCCGGUCAAGCAGUUGUGGUUCCAGAACCUCUGUUCAGCUCGUUGAUCCGGCGAUACCCCCACGGUAAGAUCUUCACUUACAACGCCAAUGGAAUGGUUUCCGAAGAUAGCGAUCCCUCACGGAAUCCGUCCGAGCCUGAUCACGCCCCGACUUCCGGGGCGCCUCGCUCCAAAGACCAACUCCUCGCCAGUAAACGGCGACGCAAGCCAACAUUCCAACAAGAUGCCAAUAGUCUGAUAAAAAUCUUCGGUGAUGCUAGAAAUAUUCUGCUUCUACCCAUAUGGGACUCGGAAAGAAACCGAUGGUAUGCCGGAACACUGGUGUGGACGAACGAUCCGGAGCGCAGUUUCACCAUUGAAAAUGAGCUCGUGUACAUCUCUGCUUUUGUCAAUAGUAUCAUGGCCGAAAUUCGUCGACUCGACGUGGAGGUGGCGGACAAGGCUAAAACCAACCUUGUCAGCAGCAUCACCCACGAGCUCCGGAACCCACUGCAUGGAAUCCUGGGCACGGCAGACAUUCUGAGUGACACCGCCAUGAAUGCUCUGCAGCAUGGUAUGGUCCAUACCAUCGAGUCGUGUGGUCGCACCCUCCUAGAUACCAUCAACAGUCUGCUUGAUCUCACGUUCAUCGACAAGUAUCAGAAGAAACGGUCUCGCAUGGGUGGGAAGUCGGGAGAGAAUCAAUCGAGUUUACCGGCCAGUUCGACCAAGGGGGGUCGCGUGCAAAGCAAAGACCGCGGCGAGAAUAUUUCUUUCUCCCACGUCAAACUGGACGCGAUUCUCGAAGAGGUCACGGAGUGUGUGUUCGCUGGAUACAGCUUUUACAAUCAUCCCGAGGCGCCGCCUCCAGCCUUGGCCGACUUUUCCUCGCGGUGGGCUGGUCCAGCGAGCACGUCGGAUCAGGUUGGCCCUCGGGCUAGCCAAGUCACGAUCAUUUUCGACAUCCAGCCAGAUACAGAAUGGGACUUCUGGACACAUGCUGGUGCUUGGCGUCGCAUCCUGAUGAAUGUUUUCGGUAAUGCGCUCAAGUACACACCCUCAGGCUACAUCUACCUUGGGUUGAAGUCAUCCCAGAGGGAAGCGCCGAAGGAUCAAGGAGAGGAAUUUGAGGUUACUCUUACAGUGAAGGACACUGGGAAGGGUAUUGGGCCCGAAUAUUUGCAAAGCGACCUCUUCACUCCGUUUAAGCAAGAGGAUUCACUUGCGUCUGGGAGCGGAUUAGGACUGAGCAUUGUUCGCCAGGCUGUUGGAUUGCUCGGCGGCUCAAUCGAAAUUGAAUCCACAAAGGGAGUUGGCACUCAGCUCUCGAUUCGGACACCACUCACCCCGUCACCUGGUCCAGACACUUCGUCUACGUCUAGUUCACCACGGAAACAUACUCAGGGAAAAACAAUCGGACUCCUAGGGUUCGGGUCAUCUCUCCGCUCUCAACGAGACACCGUCUUGUACUCAUCUUUGGAGCGGCUGUGUCGGGACUGGUUUGAUAUGGAGGUGACAAGCGUAUCUUCCCUAGAGGGCGAACACGUCUCCUUUGACUUUUACUUGGCUGUCCAGACGGAAUUAGACUCUGAGCAUGUUGAAGGAAGAAACCUGUUCGACUUCAAACCAGGUCUCACCAACGGGGAUGGUCGCAGCUCACCGGUUGUGGUAAUUUGUCAGUCCCCCGAGGAAGCACACAGAAUGUUCGUUGCAGCCAAGAACCGGGGCGAAACACCUCUCUUCGAGUUUAUUAGCCAGCCAUGUGGACCCCGGAAACUGGCUCGGGCAUUGGAUAUUUGUAUAAAACGACAACUCGACCAACAAUCUGGUCGGCCUAAUACUGAUGAGCCGACUCGCUGGGUAGAAAUGCCCGAGUCCUCCUAUCUACCAUUAGACAUUACAGCUUGUGAUCCACCUAAAGAUAGGAUGAAGAUUGGUAAGCGGCCAACAACGGAGACAAUGCGCAGUCCAGAAAGUCAGAUUUCUCGAUCCCCGUCCCACAAGGGAAAUUUGGAAGACGAUGCACAUGCCGCCCAGCCGACCUCGCCUUCUAAGGUAGAGGCGGAACCAGAGACUCCCGGACCAUCCGUCCUUCUGGUUGAUGAUAAUGAUGUGAACCGCCAAUUGCUUUGUGCCUACACAAAGAAGGACAAUCAUCAUUAUAUGACAGCCAAGAACGGGGCAGAGGCAGUUGAAGUAUAUAAAGCACACCAUGGAAAGUUUCGGGUUGUUAUCAUUGACAUCUCAAUGCCCGUCAUGGAUGGCCUUGAAGCGUCCCGGCAAAUACGUCGCUUAGAGAAAGAGUAUCGAGCCAAGAUGACUGAAUCGGAACAACAAACAAUGCCCCCCACAAUCAUCGCCGCUUUGACUGGGCUCGACAGUGUUGAAGCCCAGAAGGAGGCAUUUGGUUCGGGCGUCGACACUUUCCUUGUCAAGCCAGUCAAACGCCCGGAGUUGCAGGCUAUUCUACGGCGAAUGAACGUAGAGUGA